AGGGGCAGGAUGGAGCAUCUGCUGCAACGACGUCCUCGAGACGAGAGUGAAAUCCGCUAGAUUAAAACAUUCUCCAAUAUUUGUUUGUUAUGUCACCUUUAUACACGAGGAAUCUUUAUAAUCCGCGCAAAACUGUUCGCGAGGUACGGUGCUGACGGUGCUUUUGAAAAGUCGGGAAGAACGAAGAGCUUUUCACAUCAGACUCGCUGACGCGAUCCUCUUUCGCAGAUAUGGAUGACCUAAACAAGGAUCAAAUUGCGCUUCUUAAGAAGGCCUUCGACGCCUUUGAUCACGAGAAAAAGGGCUGCAUAGGAACGGACAUGGUGGGAACGAUUUUAACGAUGCUUGGACACGAGUUGAGCGAAAACACGCUGGCCGAGAUAAUCGCGGAGGUGGACGAGGACGGAUCCGGAGAACUCGAGUUCGAGGAGUUUUGCACCCUGGCUGCGAGGUUUUUGGUCGAGGAAGACACCGAGGCGAUGCAGCAGGAGCUGAGGGAGGCUUUCCGGCUCUACGACAAGGAAGGAAACGGAUACAUAACGACCGACGUCUUCAGGGACAUCCUUCACGAGCUCGACGACAAGCUUUCGCCCGAAGAACUCGAUCUUAUGAUAGAGGAAAUCGACGCCGACGGAUCUGGGACUCUCGACUUUGACGAAUUUAUGGAAGUGAUGACAGGCGGCGACGACUGAAGCUUUUUCGACGCACGAAAUUGUACACGGGUAAAAAACACUCGCGACUUAAAGUGUAACAUUAUGAAAAAAAAAAAAUAUAUAUUAAAUAGCGAAACUCCGUUA